AUGCUGGGUACUUGCUCACUUGUUUCCUUUGAGUACCCACCCCCUUCUUUUCCCCCCAAAAUCAAUCUCCGGCACAUGGAGUCACACAAUCUAACAGGCUUCUCACAAUUCUUCCUUCUGGGUCUUUCAGAGGAUCCAGAACUGCAACCCCUACUCUUUGAACUGUUUCUGUCCAUAUACCUGAUUACAGUGUGUGGGAACCUGCUUAUCAUCCUGGCUGUCAGCUCUGAUCACCAUCUCCACAGCACCAUGUACUUCUUCCUCUCCAACCUGUCCUUGGCUGACAUUGGUUUCAUCUCCACCACAGUCCCAAAAAUGCUGGUCAACAUCCACACACAGAAUAAAUCCAUAGCCUACAAGGGCUGUGUGAUACAAGCAUCUUUUACUUAUUUCUUUGCAGGUCUUGACAGUUUGUUCCUUACUGUGAUGGCUUAUGAUCGGCUAGUGGCCAUCUGUCAACCCCUUCACUACACAAUUAUUAUGAACCCCCGACUCUGUGGCUUGCUAGUUUUGGUAUCUUUUCUUAUCAGCCUUCUGGACUCCCUGCUGCACAUGUCAAUGGUGUCACAACUUACCUUCUGCACAGAUGUGGAAGUCCCUAGUUUCUUCUGUGACCCUCCAAAACUCCUCAACCUUGCCUGUUCUGACACUUCCACCUAUACUAUACUAAUGUAUUUUAUUGGUGUUAUCUUUGGUGGUGUUCCAGUCUCUGGGAUCCUUUAUUCUUACAUUCGAAUUAUUUCCUCCAUUCUGAGAAUCUCAUCUUCAGGUGGGAGAUAUAAAGCUUUUUCUACCUGUGGCUCUCACCUGUCAGUUGUUUGUUUAUUUUUUGGAACAGCACUUGGGGUGUACCUUAGUUCAUCUGUGUCAUCUUCUCCCAGAAAGGGUGCAAUAGCCUCAGUGAUGUACACUGUGGUUACUCCCAUGUUGAACCCCUUCAUCUACAGCUUGAGGAACAGGGACAUAAAGAGAGCCCUGAGGAGGCUCCUCGGCAGAACAACCUAA